AUGAUGCUAAAUCCAAGGUAUGCCAUUCCCAAAUUCUCUCCUAAUCCUAUUCUAACUUCUUCUACAUUGUUUCUUUAUCGCUUCUUCAGUCAUUUGCAACGCCACUAUGGUAGAAAAAGUUCUGGGUUUCAUAAUGUAGAUGCUGCUGUUACUCGUUUCAAUUGCUUGAUUCGCGCACUUUCUCCGCCACCCACUUGUGAAUUUGACAAGGUUUUAGGAGCUAUUGUGAGGAUGGGUCAUUAUCCCACUGCAAUUUCUCUUUUUUCGCAGUUUCAACUUAGGGGAAUUUCACCUUCCAUUGCUACUUUCAGCAACUUGAUUAACUGUUUUUGUCAUCAAUCUCAUAUGGGUUUUGCUUUUUCGUUAUUGGGUACCAUUCUUAAGAGUGGCUAUGAACCUAACAUGGUGACUUUUAAUACAAUUAUUAAUGGUUUUUGUAUGAAUGGGAUGAUUUUUAAAGCUUUGAACUUUUACCAAGACCUAGUAGCCCAAUGGUAUCUUUUUGAUGAGUUUACUUAUGGGAUUUUAAUCAAUGGGUUGUGUAAAAAUGGGCAAACUAGAGCUGCGUUGCAUUUGAUACAAGAGAUGGAGGAACGGUCGGUUGAACCGAAUCUAGUAAUGUAUAGUGCAGUCAUUGAUGGACUAUGCAAAGAUGGACUUGUCACAGAUGCGCUUAGUUUGUGUUCUCGGAUGGCUGAUAAGGGAGUUUUACUUGAUGUUGUCACGUACAACUCUUUAAUUCGUGGUUGUUGCAGUCUGGGUCGAUGGCAAGAUGUAACCCAGUUACUAACGAGAAUGGUGCGGGAAAACGUUGAAAUGGAUGACUUUACAUUUAACAUAUUGAUUGAUGCACUAUGUAAAGAAGGAAGGAUCUUAGAAGCACAAGGUGUGUUUGUUAUGAUGAUGAAAAGAGGCGAGAAACCAGAUAUUAUUACUUACAAUGCUCUGAUGGAUGGGUAUUGUUUGAGAAAACUAUUACCGAGGCUAAAGAACUAUUCAAUAGGAUGGUCAAAAGAGGCUUGGAACCUGAUGUAUUUAAUUAUAAUGUCAGCUUCCACUUAUAAACAAUAUGAUACCAGUACCACUGAACUUAUUGCUGAUUUUGAGGUGUCAGAAGGAAUAUAUUCACGUGCUUCUAUAGAAGAAACUGAUUCUGUGUGUUUAUGGCUGGGAGCAAAUGUUAUGUUGGAAUAUUCAUUAGAAGAGGCUACUGCUCUCCUACAGAAAAAUCUGGAUAAUGCUACUGCUCUCCUGCUAGGACCAAACGACAAUUACUCAGAUGAUGUGGGCUCUAGAAUAUGA